GUUCUGCUUACCCGCCAUUUCAACAUUUUUUGUCUUAUGUCUUCCUCUCAGUCUAGGCGUGGAGUGCGUAAACGUACACAUGACAGAGCUUUUACUGGCCAUUCAGCAUCUAUGGACUCAACGCCUGUAGCAAACAAUGGUCAGAAACCUCCAUCAAGUGUUCAUUUUAAGACAAAAUCUAUGUCUACAAGUUUGAAAAGGAUACAAAAAGAACUGACAGAUAUUAUGUCAGAUCCACCACCUAACUGCAGUGCAUUUCCUCGAGGAGAUAAUCUUUACGAAUGGGUUUCAACUUUGCUGGGACCCCAAGGGUCAGUCUACGAAGGUGGAAUAUUCUUUCUCGAUAUCCACUUUUCUACGGAAUAUCCAUUCAAGCCUCCUAAAGUGAUAUUUAAGACGCGCAUCUAUCACUGCAAUAUAAACAGUCACGGAAUAAUAUGCCUGGAUAUACUCAAGGAUAACUGGUCUCCAGCACUUACUAUCAGCAAGGUUUUACUAUCCAUUUGUUCGUUGCUUACUGAUUGCAAUCCUGCUGACCCCUUAGUUGGGUCUAUUGCUAGUCAAUAUAUGCAUAACAGAUCAGAACAUGAUCGUAUUGCACGAUUAUGGACACAGAAAUACGCGAAUUCUGCCACAUAUCCCUCUACUGGACAUACGCAGGGGAUAAAUGCCGAUUCCGAGUCAAAUAGACGAGAUACGCAGGCCAUACUGUUACCAGUUCCAAGGUCGUCAGAUUCCGAACAUUCAGGUUGUACAUCAAACAAAGAUGAUAUUCUGACCGAAGUACCGUGUACAGAAAGUAGUAGCACAAGUGCCUGUACAAGCGUUGGAGCUAGAAGUGAUGGUGGAGAAAGUGUGGAUGAAGUUCUUGAUGAUGAAACUCCUGUACCUUCUACAGAAUCAUCUGUUGUUCAUUCAUUCACUCCUGCUUGAUUUUUUUUUUCAACCUUGUUCACUUACCUGGUUCUUUCGUUUCUUCAUGGUUUCUUGUUUUAAUUUAAUCCACUAACUGUUUUGAAAUCCUUUUGUAAAGCGGAAUCAUGCAUACUUUUUAUAGUUCCUAGGAGAUCCCGAUAUAUAUAUAUAUAUAUAUAUAUAUC